AUGAUCUUAAUCCUAGCCGCAUCACAACCGGUACCAAGAAAGAUUCUCUUAGAUCUAGCAUAUGACUUCCCUGACAAAGACAACAAUUUCAUAUAUAAAAGCUCGAUCAUUUAUCGUUCAUCGUCUAUCGUCUAUCGUCUAUCGUCUAUCGUCUAUCGUCUAUCGUCUAUCGUCUAUCGUCUAUCGUCUAUCGUCUAUCGUCUAUCGUCUAUCGUCUAUCGUCUAUCGUCUAUCGUCUAUCGUCUAUCGUCUAUCGUCUAUCGUCUAUCGUCUAUCGUCUAUCGUCUAUCGUCUAUCGUCUAUCGUCUAUCGUCUAUCGUCUAUCGUCUAUCGUCUAUCGUCUAUCGUCUAUCGUCUAUCGUCUAUCGUCUAUCGUCUAUCGUCUAUCGUCUAUCGUCUAUCGUCUAUCGUCUAUCGUCUAUCGUCUAUCGUCUAUCGUCUAUCGUCUAUCGUCUAUCGUCUAUCGUCUAUCGUCUAUCGUCUAUCGUCUAUCGUCUAUCGUCUAUCGUCUAUCGUCUAUCGUCUAUCGUCUAUCGUCUGUCCUCUUCACACAAGUAUAAUUAG